GCAGGAUCAGAAUUAGAGUUUGAAGAACCUAGGCAAACCAAACAAGCUCCUUGAGCACACGUGAGCAAUAUCCAAUCCGUUACCGACUGGCAAAAACCCUAAUCUGACAACACGUGUCCCUUUCUCUAGCACUCCAUGCCAUCUAAACCCAGUAAAACAACUUUGAUAGGCAUUCUUUCGUACUAAAACAGCACCUUUAUUACUCAACUUAGCAAACCUCAAAACCCUAAUAAAUUCCCUCCGUUUGCAAUCCACCACCAUAAAACGAUCUACCGCUUGCACAUUAUAAAUAUUGUCCAAAAUCUAACGGCUAAUAUUCAGAAUGGCGUUAUUAGAUCUGAAUUUGAGUAUCGUCAGCUCAUUUUUGCUCUCAUCCGAGGAACAACUUCAAUGGUUAUGGUUUUUGAACUUUAAGAUCCAGUAGAAAUAUUGAUUAAGAAUGAGAACAUGGAGUGGAUGGCGUCGUUUCAUCCUUUGUUUCUUUCUGCUUCUCGUCAUCUUUCAUAUCUUCUCUGAAAAAUUGAUUUUAGUGCUGGAAUUGCAUUCGAACUCGGUCACUGAAGCUCCCCAGAAGAAUCGGAAUAAAAAGUCUGAUCAUCUGGUUCUUGGGCCUGCUGCUGGCCAAGGCUUGCCUGAUCGGUUGCAAUGCGAAGGCUCCAAAGCUCUCAACAAAACCCAUUUGCUAGAUUCUUCCUCUGGCUCCAAUGUUGGAGAUAACGUUGCAUUUGUUACCGUCUUUACCAUUUACAACACUUCACUGGAUUCUAUUCCUGAUGAUAGAUCAUCAAAUUUAGUCACUGUUGGGAAUGUUUCUUACAGUAAGAUGGAGAGGUCAAUGGCCAUUUUGAAUGUAUUCAUUAAUUUCAUUCAGGUGACUAUGCCUCGAAGCAAUGUUAUCAUCCUAACUGAUCCAGCAUCUGAUCUCUCGCUGCAAAGAUAUAAAGUCACUCUGUAUCCUAUUCAGGGAGAAUAUUCUCGAGAAAAAUUGAUGCUUCAAAGAAUCAAAUCUUACAUUAAUUUUCUAGACAUGAAGCUCAAGGAGCUUGCUAAGAACCCAGUGCAUAAAAGCCAUUACAUCUUUACAGACUCGGAUAUAGCUGUGGUUGAUGACCUAGGGCGCAUUUUUCAUGAAUAUCCAAAUUUCCAUAUAGCCCUCACCUUCCGCAACAACAAAGAGCAGCCUUUAAAUUCUGGGUUUAUUGCAGUAAGGGGGACUGCCGAGUCAAUUUUGAGAGCAAAGCUUUUCCUUCAGCAUGUGCUAGAAGUCUACACUUCCAAGUACAUGAAUGCUUCUCGAAUGCUUGGAGAUCAGUUAGCUCUUGCAUGGGUCAUAAGGUCACACCCCGGCUUUGAUCUGCGGAGAUUUCGCAAAGCACAGGCUUUUAUGGAUGAGAUGGGAGGUGCAUCAGUGCUCUUUCUACCAUGUGCUACAUAUAAUUGGACACCACCUGAGGGAGCAGGUCAAUUUCACGGAAUGCCUUUGGAUGUCAAGGUGGUGCAUUUUAAGGGAUCAAGGAAACGUUUAAUGCUCGAAUCAUGGAAUUUCUUCAGAUCUGCUUCUGACAUUUCUGAUAUGUUGUGCCUUAUUUUAAUGAGUGGUAGAACUAAGUAUGAUUUCUGAUAUGUAAUACUUGCUUCUUCUUUUUUCAAAUUCUCUUGAUUUUUA